CUUCGAAUCACUAAAGAUACUGAAUUGAGUGAUAAUGAUACCAUCAAGAACACAAAGAACGUGAACCGUAAAAAGAAGCAUCAACACAAACAUACAGGUGGAUGUUGUGGUGGACAUCAUUAAAUCACUUGUGAUACAAAAAUAUCUUUUUUUUCUCUCUCUCUCUCUCUAUCUCUCUCUCUUUCUUUUUUUUUUCAUUUCUUUUUCUUUUUCUCUCUUUUCACCUCCAACCACCCCCCAUGAGUAAUAACAAUAAUAAAAAAGUACCUGAAUGGUCUUUACAGUUGACAGAGAAACUGAUGUCUCCUAGUAUCUCAUCCUCUGCCAUCAUUAUGCAUCAUCCACAGGAUAAGCAGUUUGAAAAUUACCUCGACCGACAGUUCACCUCAGACGAUGCAACUUUACUCAAGAACAGACUUUCCGAAACUCCUUCCAAAAAGCCUUCGGAAGCCACCACCUUGCGAAAUUCCUCAGGUACUGCCAAAUACCCCACGAUCGUUCCAAAAGGAGGAGGAGGAAACCCACAGAACGACGAGGAGGAGGAGGAGGCAAACCCUUGGUGGUUAACCAAGAACGAUACGGACGGCUUUUAUUCCUUGCCCGGUGUGUUCUUCUUAUUGGGUUUCAUCUUUCCUCCAUUUUGGUGGAUCGGUUCACUUUGGCCUCGCCACGUAAGAGAAAAAGGUGGGAAAAUGGCAGAACGAUGGCAGAAAUUAAAUCGCAUCAUGUCUAUUGGUUUUAGUUCUAUACUUGUGAUACUUGUGAUUGUUUUUGCUGUUUUAUAUGCCACUGGUAACAUGUAAAAAAAAAGAAAAAAAAAAAGUCUUAUACCCUGCAUUUUUAUUAUCAAAUAAAAUCAAAAAAAAAAAAAAA